AUGCCUACAGCUAAAGUUGAUUACAUUGACGAAGCGUCAUUAAUCUAUACAUCGCAGAUUGAGCGAUUACCCAUAUCGAGCACCCAGAUACGGAAGGAGACACAACGUGAUCCAGUAUUGUCACAUGUGUUGGACAACGUCUUGAAAGGAACUAACAAGCUUCCAAACGACGAGAUUUUCAAGCCUUUUCAUAGCCGUCUUACUGAGCUCACUUGUCACCAAGUCUGCAUCAUGUGGGGAAAUCGCGUACUCAUUCCAGAAAAACUUCGUACCGCCAUACUCGACGAGUUACACAAUGGGCAUAUUGGUAUCGUUAAGAUGAAGAGUUUAGCGCGCUCCUACGUAUGGUGGCCAAACGUUGACAGCGAAAACGAACAUGGUUGUAAGGCAUGCAUUAGUUGUCAGCAAACCAGUAAAAUGCCGAAAGCUGCUCCAGUACAUCCUUGGGAGUGGACAUCUACCCCAUGGGAUCGCUUACAUGUAGAUUUUGUUGGACCAUUCAUGAACUGUAUGUUCUUGAUCGUCGUCGACGCCCAUUCAAAAUGGCCGGAAGUCUUUCCGAUGAAGUCAACGACAGCAUUGCGGACGAUUGAAAAGCUACGUAUUCUUUUCAGUCAAUGCGGAAUUCCACGACAAUUAGUCACCGACAAUGAAUCAACGACACCUCAUACACUUACCAAGGAAACACCUGCAAAGUUACUCUAUGGACGAAAUUUAAGAACGAGGUUAGACAUACUGAAACCUGACUUAACUGCCAAAGUAUUGGAAGGUCAGGAUCGCAUGAAGUUCUCGAAGCACUGCGGCGCUAACGUUAGAGAAUUCGAGCCUGGACAACAAGUGAUGGUACGUGAUUACCGCAGCACAAACACAAAGUGGAUACCAGCUCAAAUUCAAGAAAAGACUGGACCGCUUUCUUACACUGUCAACCCAGGAAUGGGGACAUUGUGGCGACGUCAUACUGACCAACUACAUCCUACUGCAGUUAAGGUUACACCGACUGUAACUUUAAGCCCAGAUAACACACAAUCAUUAACUGAUGCUUCAAAACCAGAAAGCCUUAUUUCGACAGACAUCAAGGAAACAUACAUGCCUACCACAAUUACACCAACUACGGAAUCACCAUCUACACUGAAAGCAGAACAUGUACGACGUUACUCAAGGAGGGAAAAUGUUCGCCCACCAGACAGACUGAACUUGUAA